UAAACUUGACAAGCAUUUAUGAAUAGGUAACGUCAUAAAGAGUAUAAAUUCUAUAGAGCACAACAAUUAUGCUAAUAGAUUCAUAUACUAUAUGGUGAGGACCUACUUACAGUCAAAUGUCAAAAGUUUGAGCUAUGCAAAAAUUUCGGGUAAAAUUUUCAUCACAUUUGUCGAAAUGUGGAGCACCCAGUGCGUUGUGCUGCUGACCGUGGCGGGCGCCGCGGCGGGCCUGUACUGCUACAACUGCUCGGAGACGCAGCACGAGACCAACCAGUGCGGCGGCAGCUUCGGCACGGGCACCAUCUGGUUCAAUGCUUCCAGGCUGCGAUUGGCUACAUGCACUGGAGAAAACGCCAUGUGCUUCGUUCGCUCCUGGUCUGCGCGCGCUAAACACGCGUGGCUGGUGCAGCGCGGCUGUUACAAGUCUAGCCCAGACGACCCACUGCCGCGCACCGUGCGCAGCCCCACUAGGGCCAUGUCAUGUAAACGAGAGAGGUACAAAGACGCCGAAUACAAAGUUUGCCUCUGCCAAGCGGACUGGUGCAACUCUGCGAAGUGGGACAUGCAUACGCCACUCCAUGUGAGCGCCUUGGUCGGGUUAGCGAAUGUAUUGCGCUGUUUAUAUCUGCCAUAAUCAUUAAAUUAAUACAGAUUACGA